AUGAGAAUCAUCUUCUUUCUCGUUUUACUGUCAAUAUAUAGUAUAAAUAAUUUAUCCUCUCCAGUAUUCAGUCAGUGCCUUGAGGAUCAAAAAUCUCUGUUACUCGGGCUGAAGAGCAACUUGAUAUUCAAUUCUUCUGCUUCAAACAAACUGGUGAAAUGGAACCGGUCCACGGAUUGCUGCAGUUGGAAUGGAGUAGAAUGUGAUGCUGCAGGUCAUGUGAUCAGUCUACAACUCGAUGACGAGACAAUCUCUGGCGGAGUCGAGGAUUCGGAGUAUCUCUUCGGGCUAACUUAUCUCGAAAGGCUAAAUUUGGCAUACAACAACUUCGGCGACAUUCGUAUUCCUAAGGGGAUUCACAAUCUUACACAGUUGACACACCUGAAUUUGGCUCAUGCUGGGUUUUCAGGACAAGUUCCUUUUGAGAUUUUGGGAUUGAGGAAGUUGACUAGUCUUGAUCUUUCUUCUUUUUCUUGGGGCCAUGAACCAAUCAAGCUCGAGAAUCCAGAUUUGAAGAUGCUUGUUCAGAAUCUUACAGGGCUGAAAGAACUUUAUCUCGACUCGAUUGAUAUUUCGUCUCAGGGGAGCGAAUGGUGCCAGGUUAUAUCUUCCUCUUUACCUGAUUUAAGAAUUUUGAGCUUGAGCGGUUGCUAUUUAUCGGGGCCGAUAGAUUCGUCCCUUGCCAAGCUUCGUUCUCUCUCAGUUCUUCGCCUUGAUGGUAACAAUCUAUCUUCUUCGGUUCCUACCUUUUUUGCAAAUUUCUCCAAACUGACAACCCUGAGUCUAUCCUUUUGCUAUUUAAAUGGAUCCUUCCCGGUAAAGAUCUUUCAAAUACCCUCUUUACAAAAUCUUGAUUUGUCAUAUAACAAUUUGCUUGGUGGCACUUUACCUCAAUUUCCUUUGAAUGGAUCUUUAAGGAAUAUUCUACUUCGUAGUACCAACUUUUCAGGUUCAUUACCAGCUUCUAUUGGAAACCUCGCGAUGUUAUCCACAUUGGAUCUGUAUAAUUCCAGUUUCAACGGGCCACUUCCACUCACAGUAGGAAAUAUUAUCGAACUGGGCCAUUUAGACAUCUCUCUAAACAACCUCAGUGGUUCGAUUCCUCUGUUUCACUUGUCCAAGAAACUGACCUACCUAAAUGCUGCUCGUAAUAGUCUUACCGGCUCACUUUCCUCUAUGCAUUUUCAAGGCCUUACAAAUCUUUCGUCUAUUGACUUAAGCUACAAUUUACUUGGUGGCAACAUUCCAUCUAAUUUGUUUACUCUCCCAUCCUUGCAAUCGCUCGACCUUUCUAACAAUAAGUUUGGUGGUCUGAUUCAAGAGUUUUUCUCUCAACUUGAUCGAUUGACUGAACUCUUGCUUUCUUCAAUUUUUUUCAACAGCACUGUGCAGCUGGAAAUGUUUCCCCCCAGUUUAUUAAUUCUCGACUUAUCCUUCAAUAAUUUGGCUAUUGUUUCGGCUGAUAGUAAUUCCAGCUUGCCUCAGUUACCUCAGAUCUACGAUCUAAGAUUAGCAUCGUGCAAAUUGAAAAAGUUUCCACAGCUAUCCAGGGAAUCAAAAUUACUCAACUUGGAUCUUUCAUCCAAUCAGUUAAAAGGACAGAUACCUAAUUGGAUUUGGUAUGGGUCACUUAGUCAAGUGAAUCUUUCUUUCAAUACACUUGAUGAUUUUCAGAAGCCUUACGAAUUUCCUCCUUAUCUCAUGGUCCUAGACUUGCAUUCCAACCAGCUUCAGGGUGAGUUACCAAUCCACCCACCUUUGGCAUUUAUCUAUGUGGACUUUUCUUUCAACUAUUUCAACAACUCUAUCCCAAAUGAAAUUGGCAAUAUCAUUCGUCGUGCAAUCUUCUUUUCUGUUUCGAAUAACAAACUCAUUGGAGAGAUUCCUACAUCCAUCUGCAAUGCAUCUUAUCUUCAAGUUCUUGAUUUGUCUGGUAAUGCAUUGAGCGGUAGUAUUCCAUCUUGUCUACCAAACAAGAAUUUGGAUUUGGGAGUCUUGAGUCUGGCUAGAAACAACCUCAGUGGCGACAUCCCCGACACGUUUCCAAACAAAUGCAGCCUCAGAACAUUAGACCUCGAGAAUAAUGUUUUGACAGGGAAGAUUCCAGGAUCUCUCGUCAAUUGCUCGUUUCUAGAAGUUUUGAACAUUGGAAACAAUAGGAUUGAAGACACAUUUCCAUGCAUGCUGACGAAGAUGGAACUGCGUGUCCUGAUUCUACGAUCCAAUGGAUUCCACGGAGAGCUCCUAUGUUCUUCUGCACCCACACAAGAGUGGCCGAAUCUUCAAAUAAUCGACAUAUCUCACAACAACUUCGGCGGUGAUCUCUCUGUGUUGAAUUUCUCUUAUUGGAAGGGAAUGAUAAGUGUCGAUAAUAAUAAUAAUGACCAAAUUCGUUUCUAUUUCUUCGACUUCAAUGAGUUACACUAUCAAGAUACAGUAAUAGUAACCAUCAAAGGCCUGGAAAUAAAAUUAACGAAAAUCUUGACAAUCUUCACAUCCAUAGAUUUCUCGAGUAAUAAGUUUCAUGGAGAAAUACCAUCUUCAAUCGGAGAUCUCAAAUCUCUGUAUCUUCUCAACUUAUCUCAUAAUGCAAUCAUGGGUUCUAUCCCAGCAUCAAUAGGGAACUUGAAACAGCUUGGUUCACUGGACCUGUCAUCGAACAAUCUAACGGGGAAUAUUCCAGUUGAGCUGGCUAGCCUCGGUUUCAUCGCAUUCUUGAACCUGUCUUUUAAUGACCUGUUUGGCAUGAUUCCAAAAGGCCCUCAAUUGCAGACAUUUACAGAAGCUUCUUAUGAAGGAAAUGUAGGUCUCUGUGGCUUUCCGGUUAACAAAAGUUGCAAUGAGGAUGGAGUAAGUUCACCGCCAGAAUUUCGAAACAAGUCCGAGAAAGAGAUCGGUUGGGGCUAUGUAUCUGUUGCACUUGGUUUUGUUGUGGGCUUAUCAAGCUUUCUUUGGCUACUUUUACACUGCAAGAGUUGGGGAGAUGUAUAUUUUGAGAAAGUAGACCUAAUUCUUGAAAGACUUUUCCCCCACAAACACGGGACAAGAAAUCAACGACGAAGAGUAAUCAGAAAUCGUGGCUAGUGUGUUCGUUUGCAAUCAUCAAUCUCUUUUUCUUUUUCUUUUUUAAUGAGUGUAUU